CAGAUCAGAGACGACACGAAUUUAGGAGUUUUGUCAUGAAACCGCAUUGGAGUGUACAGCUGUUACAUGCAUGGCUUUAAAAUGACAGGGAUAUAAUUAAUCUCUGCCGAUGUGUUGUUUUACGUAAUCCAUUUAAGGAAUUCGAAACAUGAUGUUUUUCUGUGUGCUACGCUAGCGAGCUACGUUUAGCAAAUACACGAGCUUGCCUCUUCUGCCAUACAAGAAGAAAGCAGCUGCUCUGUAUACGCUCCGUUUCAUCAUGGCCAUCACUCAGUUCCGCCUUUUCAAGAUCUGCACGUGUCUAUCCACCAUACUUUCCUUCUUUAAAAGGUUGAUAUGCAGGAGCGGAAGGGGUCGCAAGCUCAGCGGUGAUCAAAUAACUCUUCCGACAACGGUGGAUUUCUCAUCCUCUGUACCAAAGCAGCCAGAGAUCGAAGAAUGGAGCUCUUGGGAUGAAGAGGCUCCCACAAGCAUUAAGAUUGAAGGUGGCAACGGAAAUGUUUCUCCUACUGGCAACGAGAUGGACGGAGAGCCCGACUACUUCAAAGACAUGACCCCCACCAUCAGGAAAACACAGAAGAUAGUGCUGAAGAAAAGGGAACCUUUAAACUACCUGGUACCUGACGGCUCAGCAGGUUUCUCCAGCAGGCUGGCAGCCUCUCAGGAUAUGAUGUCCUUCAAUCCACCUUCGGCUGAGCUGGGAGAAAUGGAUACCUGGCAGGAGAACUCCAACGCCUGGGAGGAUGGAUCGGAAGCUGCAUGGGAGGCAGAGGUGGUGCUCAGGCAACAGAAGAUGGCAGAGAGGGAAAAGCGGUCCAUGGAGCAGCAAAGGAAGAAGAUGGAGAAAGAUGUUCAGAGGCUGACGAAGAAGGAGCAGAAGAUCGCCGUCAAGCUUUCGUAACCUUUUCAGAGAUGCUCGGUUUUUGAGCCAAAGGAAUGGGAGGGGGCAAGGACACUGAAUCAAUUGUCACUCUGUCUUUGAAGUCAACAUACCAAACAGGAUUACUUCACUACUUAUCAGUCAGCAAUCUGUCCUACUUCCCCCGGUUUCCACCAGCAGUCAUUUUAGUCCAUUUUCCAGCUGCAGCGGCUUGAAACGCAUCAUUGUCGAAGCCAGAUAAUGCUCUUGUACUCCCUAUUCAUGUGCCGAGGUCAUUGUGCUCUGCGAGGGAGCUGUGUCUUUGGGAUCUAGUUCAUCUGAGGUUAAAGGUCAGAUGCGGCAUUAGAGGGUACCAUUUAGAUUUAGAUCUGUCUGUCUCUCGGGUAACGUAGAACACAAGCAAUUUGGGUUUUUUUCCAGGAACAUUUGUAAAUAAAUAGGUACCAACAUUUUUGAAACCCUACAAGGGAGUAUAUUUCCAUUUUUUUGUCUUAUUUAUAAUCACAAAGGAGUUUUAUUAAUUUCAAGCAUCACUGUCUACCAGUGACAUCCCUUGGUUUGCUUGAUUGUUGUGCUUUUAUAUCCAUUGUCUAAAUCUUUUUUUCUCUCUAAUGAAUAAUGCUUGAUAUUUUUCACUAGCCCCCUUUCCUGUGCAGCCCUUCCUACACUGUAAAACCUCUUAUGAAAUGACUGCUGACGAUUUUAAUUAUAUGUAAGGAUGAAUGACCAUAGACUAGAAUCUAGCCCAACCGUGAAUGUUAGCUGUGGGUUCCUAUGGUAAUCACAUGGCUAUUGAUCUGCCAUUCAUUCUCCUCCUCUGUCAGCUUGUGACUUUGAAGGAACUACUUCUGUUAUCAGGGCGUUCAUUUUUUUUAAGGGAAUGGUAAUAUUGCGUUGCUCCUUAAUGGUUGUUAGUCUCACUGCAUACACCCGUAUCCCCAUCACAGUGUCAUCUCCAACCUGUUGGAUAAGAACUUGCUCGAUAAGAUGAAAUGGGCUCAGCACCGAGCAUCCCGCAAUGCAUUGUUAUGUUGAAUUAACCAAUCAGUGUUGGAAAAACAUCUGCACCAUUUCCAAUAGGGGAGCUUUUGUCAUUGAAACAUUAGAUGGUGAAAAAGGCUUUUUUUAAUUAAUUGAAAUCUACAGACGGGAUACACACAUCUCUGUUCUGUUACCUGAUAACGGACUGGAUGAGGUAACCAAAAGUACAUUUUUUGUGAGCUAAUUGAUAGGUUGUUAUCGAGGAAUGAAAUGAUAACAUACUCUGUUGCAAUUAAAAUGGUGAAAUAACGAUUGCGUUAUCAGCUUUAUUUUAAAGCAGGUGUAUUUUUUAAGUUAAUUGUGUUUGUCAAACUUUAUUUCAUUCUUCAUCGAGAAAAGCUGUGUGUUGUUCUGCUUGGACAUUUUCCCAAAAAUGAGUCAGAGAAUCACUCGUUUCUCGCCCAUUUUAUUUCUCAUUCAUGUGUAAGACUUCUUGUUAAAAUAACUGUCAUGAUUAAGAAAAAACAAGGUACAUACAUUAAAUUAAUCCAGAAGGAUUUGGCAGAUUGUACACUUGCUGUAUUGGUCCUACAAAGGUUUUUAAUAAAUUGAUUUGAUUCAUACCUCUUAGAGGUGAAACCUG